UAACACGUCAGAGGAGCUCGUUCCUCUUCUCGCCCGCUCGGUUGCUCCUCCCCCACCGGAGCUCCGCCCUCCCGCCCGCCGGCCGCUCUCCGGCCCCCUGCAGCUCCUCCACCAUCCGACCGCCCAGUCCCUUCCUUCCUCUCUUCCCUGCGCGGCCCCGUCCCCGUCUUGCCUCCUCGUCGCCUCGCCGCUGUCGACUCGACGACCCCAGCUCGCCGCCGUCCGCGAAGGCGACGACCGGAAGCAGCGGCCCAGAUCGAGGAGCGAGGGCCCUCUCAGGUGUUGAGUGGGCCAAAUGGCACAGAUUCCAAACCUCGAUAACGCCCCGCUCAACCUUACCGCCCUCAGGGAGCAGUCACAGAAGGAACUUCUCAGCAUAAUCAAGAGUAUUAGGGGGAAGAAGUGUCUGGUCAUUGAUCCGAAGCUUGCGGGUACCCUCUCACUGAUCCUGCAGACCUCGGUGCUAAAGGAAUAUGGCACGGAGCUGCGGAUCCUCUCUGCUGACCCUCUGCAGACAGAAUGCCCCAAAGUGGUGUAUCUUGUUCGCUCCCAGUUGAACUUCAUGAAAUUUGUGGCAAAUCAAAUUAAGAAUGACGAAUCCAAAGGGCUCCAGAGGGAAUACCACCUCUAUUUUGUACCACGCCGUAUAGUUGCCUGUGAGAAGAUUCUAGAGGAAGAAAAAGUUCAUCAAAAGUUGACAAUCGGAGAAUAUCCCUUGUAUCUAGUUCCUUUGGACGAGGAUGUCCUUUCUUUGGAGCUUGACUAUUCCUUGCAGGAAUGCCUUAUUGAAGGAGAUACAAGUUCUGUCUGGCAUGUUGCAAAAGCUAUCCAUAAGUUAGAGUUUGCCUUUGGGGUUAUCCCCAAUAUUAGAGCCAAGGGUGUAGCAUCAACCAAAGCUGCAGAAUUGCUGAACCAUAUGCAACUCGAAGACCCGGUCAGCAUGGAUAAUAUGGGGAUUCCAGAGAUAGACACCGUUAUUUUGCUAGAUAGAGAGGUGGAUAUGGUGACACCAAUGUGCUCUCAGCUAACGUAUGAAGGUCUAUUAGACGAGAUGUUGGAAAUUCAUAAUGGGUCUGUGGAAGUUGACGCCAGCAUUAUGGGUGCUCAACAAGAUGGAAAAAAGGUCAAGGUUCCACUCAAUUCAAGUGAUAAGUUGUACAAGGAGAUUCGAGACCUCAACUUGCAUGUUGUAGUCCAGGUCGUUCGCCAAAAGGCAACGUCUAUUCAGCAAGAUUAUGCAGAAGUAAAAUCAACGAAUACACAGUCGGUUUCUGAGCUGAAGGAUUUUGUGAAGAGGUUACACUCGCUACCGGAGAUAGCUAGGCAUGUUAAUUUGGCUCAACAUUUGCAAUCAUUUGCGGCAAAACCCGCAUUUCAUGCCCGAGUAGAGAUUGAGCAAAUAAUACUGGAGGCGCAGACCUAUGAAACGUGUUACGAAUACAUUGAGGAGAUUAUACAGAAGCAAGAGCCUAUUGAAACUGUACUUCGCCUUCUAGUAUUAUUUUCCCUUACAAAUGCUGGGUUGCCGAAGAAGAAUUUCGACUACUUGAGGCGCGAAAUACUUCACAGUUAUGGCUUUGAGCACAUGCCCUUGUUAUACAAUCUGGAAAAAGCUGGCCUUGUUAAAAGGCAGGAAUCGAGGACUAAUUGGCCUGUUAUUAGCAGAGCUCUCCAGCUUAUAGUUGAUAUAAAGGAUCCUGAAAACCCUGAUGAUAUAGCAUACAUCUUUGCUGGAUAUGCACCUCUUAGUAUUCGCCUUGUUCAGCAUGCAGUGAGGUCUGGAUGGCGAUCUAUUGAAGAACUGUUGAAAUUAUUGCCAGGUCCUCAUUUGGAUUUCAAAAGAGGUAUCUCGACCAUUAGUUCAUCAGAAUUACUACCAGGUUCCGGGUCACAACAGAGUACCGACAGGGUUGGUCAUCGCUCCCUGGUUCUGGUUGUAUUUAUUGGUGGUGUCACAUCUGCUGAGAUUGCUGCACUUCGGUUUCUUAGUGCACAGGAAGGAAUGGGCUAUGACUUCCUGGUUGCAACAACAAAGGUUAUCACUGGCAACACAUUACUGAGACCAAUUAUAGCCAGCAGCAAAGAGGGAAUGAUUUAGUUGUCUUUUCUGUGCACAUCCCUUUUCGAUUGUACAAAGCAGCGCACACCCGAGCCCAAGAUGUGGGAUUUUCCUUGUUCAGUUCUAGGCCACUUUUAUUCUGCCACCGGAUAUGCUAUUGCUUGCGCUCUUUCAUUCAUCAGUCUUGUUUUUCUUGUCAGAUCAUGUACAUCGAAAUCUCCUGUACAGACACAGCCGUGCUAGUUCCUUCCUUGGUGCUGGAUGGUAGUUCAGCAUUAUGUUUUUUCAUGUAUAUUCUUGAAAUACAUAUCUUCAUUUCUAACUCAGUUCUGCUUUCACCUUAUAGAUCAAGUGGUGUGUUGGGUA